AUGCCAUCGCAAAAAGCAAAGGAAAAGCAGGUCGCGGAACCUGAGGGGGAACGCCUAGAGAACGGUGAUAGCAGGGACUCGGGCUCUGAUUUCUCGGAAGAAGAGAAGGAGGCAACAAGCUCUACACUUCCCGAGGCCAGUAUGCCGUCCACGUCGAGCAAGAAGAAAAAGAAGAAGCGAUCCAAGGCCAUCAAGGCCCUAAAUGCGCUUCGAAGUGGACACAAGGAUGAGGUUCCGAAUAGCCUUGUGAACGCCGUGGUGCAGAAGAUGCACGAAGAAGGUGGCGAAGAGAUGGCGAGCAUGGACGUGGCCACCAUUCGGCAAGCAUUAGAGCAAAUGAAGAUCAGGGACAUGAUACAGGGCAAGGCUGGCAUUGGAGGGAAGAAUAAGAAGGAUACUGGUGGCCACAAGUUCUGGGCCACACAACCCGUUCCUCAGUUAGGCGAGGUGCCCUCGGAGAGUGAUGGCUACAUCGAGCCAUCCAAACCACCAGAGGAAAUACGCCAGGAUCCAUAUCCGUUGCCGAAGGACUUCGAGUGGGCGACGCUCGAUAUCAAUGAUCUUGCACAGUUACGAGAAGUCUACGAACUUCUGUCAGCAAACUACGUAGAGGAUGAUGAAGCAUCAUUUCGCUUUCAAUACUCUGCAGAGUUCCUUAGAUGGGCGCUGAAACCUCCGGGCUCCUACAAGGAAUGGCACGUUGGGGUACGGGUCGCGUCGAAUAAGAAGCUAGUCGCAUUCAUCUCUGCGGUGCCCAUAAGCCUGCGUGUCCGAGAGAAUACACUCAAAGCGAGUGAGGUUAACUUCCUCUGCGUACACAAGAAGUUGCGGUCGAAGCGACUCGCUCCCGUCCUGAUCAAGGAGAUCACGCGACAAUGCCAUCUGAAGGGCAUCUUCCAGGCUUUGUAUACAGGUGGUGUUUUCCUGCCGACGCCAGUGUCGACAUGCCAAUAUCAUCAUCGCUGCCUGAAUGUCAAGAAGCUGGUGGACGUGCACUUCACGACGGUUCCGCCCACGAUGACGCUCGCACGCAUGCUACGCCUGCAUAAAGUGCCCGACACACCUCGCCUUCUCAGUAGUGGGCUGCGUGAGAUGGAGGAGCGCGACAUCCCCCAGGUCACGGAGCUCUAUGCGAAGUACAUGAGCAGGUUCGGCAUGGUGCACCUCAUGACGGAGGAGGAGAUCGGCCACUUGUUCUUGAGCGGACGGGGCGAGGGGUCGACGCACCCGGAUAGUUGGAAGGCCCCCAGGGAGGCACAAGUGGUGUGGGCUUACGUCGUCGAGGAUCCAGAAACACGCACAAUCACCGACUAUUUCUCGUUCUACUCUCUCCCCUCCACGGUCAUGAAUUCAGACAAGCACAACCUACUAAAGGCAGCGUAUCUGUUCUACUACGGCACGAACGUCGCUUUCUCCAAGGGCGCCGACCAAGACGGCCGCUUGAAGAGACGCCUUGAAGAGCUCAUCGGCGACUGCAUGAUCAUUGCUAGUCAAGCAGACUUCGAUGUCGUCAAUGCUUUGACGAUAAUGGAUAAUGUCAUGUUCCUACAGGAUCACAAGUUCGGGAAGGGGGAUGGUCUGCUCAAUUACUACCUGUAUAACUGGAGGACCUCACCGCUGGCGGGCAUCAGCCCGGUAGAUGGGGUACCGGCAGGAAGGGGCAUCGGCGUGGGCAUGCUGUAA